AUGUCCGAUAGAAGCUUAAAUUCGAAUAAUGGUGAUAAUCUCGAAAAUUUCAUUGGCGCAGUUCUAGUUGGUGCGAGCCUCACGUUGACUGGUAACUCCUCGUUAAAAAUGGCAGCACUACGAACAAGUGGCUCGAAAAUGUUUCUUUUUCCGAUUGUCAAUUUUUCGACGCUUCUAAAUGAGUUUGCUAUGAUGGUGAUGAUUUUCUCGAGCGCGGAUUCAUUGAGUAAUAAUUGGGGAAUAUGGUCCGGUUUUGUAAAUAAUGCCACUUAUUUAAUUACUAAGCCAAUAGUUUUAUACCUGGCAUAUUUACGGUGUAGAGCCGUUUACGAACCGUAUCGAAAAUACAGACAUUUACACUUCUUUAUAAUUAUUGUUCGUGUGGUAGAAUUACUUGUGAUUGUGAUUAUUAAUCUUCAUAGCAAUUUUGUAUGUGGAGGAGAAUACACAGGAAUUUGUCAAAAGGAAUAUGUAAUCUACCAAAUACGAGAUGGAUUAGCGCCAGUAUUUCGUUUUUACUAUAUUUUGUCCGAGGGAAUAUUCUACAUUAAACUAUUUAGCACAUUGAAAAAUAUUCAUUCAUCCGAAGCUUCAGAUAAUACCAUUUUACGUUAUCGCACUUACCAAACAAUCCUCUUCACAUUGGAUCUGAGCAUCUUGCUAGCGAUGAGCAUCUACCGAAUGUUUUACCUUACGAGCAACGUCCCUAGUUACGUGUACGCGGAAUUGUUUAGCUCCGCGUUGACCGUUUUUGUUAUGACAGAAUUUGGACUCUCGAUCCCGGAAUUUUUUAAGUCUUCAACUGCUGUUACCACUGGAAGCAUAAUACCGACUUAUAAUGCACAUUGUUCUUCCGGGAAUUCGAUUCCGCCGAGAAAUCAAGGUUCGACGGCUCAUUGCGACCUCAGCAAAAAGCCAUCGAUAAUAGGCGGCAUUAAUACAGAUCAAAAGAAUGAUAUUGUAAACGAUGAUAAUAAAUUAGAUAAUGAUCAUAGCAGAAAAAAUUCAAUCAGUGCUCUUCGGGCUACGGCACGUGAAUUGAUUGCAAGGGAACGUCGAAAUGCCAAAGAAAAAAGCCGAGUCUCUUUUCAAGGCAACUAG